UUUCGACCACUAAUUGAUUUCAAAUGUUAUCACCUUCUAAUUACCGCUGCAUUUUUCCCUCGUCAAAAAUGAACAAAGCAAGAAACCAAAAUCCCAAAUCAAAGCCACGACCUUGAAGAUGACGAUUCUCUGUUUUCAUAGCAAUUCUCUCUCUGUUUACUGAACUUUUCAGCCGGAUUUCAUCUUCUUCAUCGACCCAAAAUCAUGUCACUCUCUUCCACCUUCUUAUAUUCCUUCUCAAUUCCCAAAUCCCCCUUUUCUUCUUCUUCCUCACUCCCCACCUCCAGAUAUUUUGCCGGAAUUCCAUUCCGGAGACGCGCCGCCGCUCUGCCUUUUGGCUCCAAAACCAUGAUGCUUUUCCUCGGCACGGGCUUCACUCUUGCCCUUCUGGGACCUGAAUCCGCUUCUGCUGCCACGCAAUUGCAAUCUUCGUUGCUAUUUAACGAGCCCCAAAAUGCUCUGUCCUUGCCCACCUGGGCCAUUCACGUUUCCAGCGUUGUUGAAUGGAUUACAGCAAUGGCUUUGGUGUGGCAAUAUGGAGAGAAAUCUGGUAAUGAGUCUUGGAAAGGACUUUCUUGGGGAAUGGUACCAUUGCUGGGUGGAGCAUUUUGUGCUUGCACAUGGCAUUUUUUCUACAACUCCGAGUCUCUUGAGGUUUUGGUGGCCAUUCAGGCAAUGCUAACAGCCAUAGGAAAUGCCACAAUGUGCAUUGCUGCAUUUCGCAUAUACAAAUCAUCACAAGAAAGUUCAAAGAACUUGUAAAGAAAACUCAAGCUAAGUCUCUGUUAUACUAACGUAUGUACUAUCACACCUUGUUUCAUUAUAUUAUCAUCAUUUCUCAUCCUCCA